CACACCUCACAACGCACAAAAAUAUAAAGCUUGAAGGCAAAUAUUUCAUUAUUAUUUCAGUUGGAUUUAUCGACAGACGCUAAAAGCCAAGAGAAAUGAAAUUCCUGACAGUUUUGCUAAUUUCUAUUACUGCGUUUGUCUGCACAGCAGUGACAGCAAAUCCGGUCCAAAUCAAGAACAACAACGUUGGCGAUAUUACGGCUAUAAAGAUUGAUAUCAAUGGACGCAUUACAAGUGUUGUAAAUCAGGAUAUAAUUAAUGUUAUCGUUGCCUUAUUGGAGGACACUGAUCACAUUCCACCUACGUUACCAACCCGACCCGAAAUUCCACAUUUGGACGAUUUAAUUCGGCACAUCUCAAGAAAAUAAUUGCUUUGGGAAUUAAUAUUCCUUUCAAUUGAUAUUCAAGUGAUGGCAUGGAGAAUAAAAUAAUUUGAAUUUGUGUUUUAUCAUCGAAGAA